GCGGCGCCGCCAUCUUGCGAGCGAGCGGAUAACCGCUGGAGGGGUUGAGCUUCGCGCUGCCUCUGCCUCUUCACCAUCCCUCCGGGCCGGGCCGUCUUCUCCCGGGACCGGAGGGCCGGAGCCGGCAGGUAAGGCCUUCAUCAAGGGACGCGCCAUGCUCCCCUUCCACACCUUGCCCCAUACGGUGCUCCGCCGCCCGAGGAAGGGGCUUCCCCUCAGCGGCCGUGUGGGAGGGAGCCUCUCUCCGGGGCGUUCAUCGGCGGCCCCACAGGAGAAAUAUUAGUAUCAAAGAAUGACAACUACUUCAUCAAGUGGAUGCGUUGUACAAGAGGUCAUUAUUUACAGCUACCAACUUUAUUGAAUUCUUCCUUACAUUUCAUCCAUAUUUUCUUUUAGGAGUGGGAAGACAACUUAGGUUUGAUGUUUUGUGUGCCAUCAACUGAAACUGGAGCCAUCAUGAAUAUAACGAAAGGUGGACUGGUGCUGUUUUCAGCUAAUUCCAAUUCUUCAUGCAUGGAACUAUCAAAGAGAAUUGCUGAGCGAUUAGGAGUUGAGAUGGGGAAGGUUCAGGUUUAUCAAGAGCCAAACAGAGUUGUCUUCUUGACAGAAACGAGAGUACAGAUUCAGGAGUCUGUGAGAGGAAAGGAUGUGUUUAUCAUCCAGACAGUUUCAAAGGAUGUGAAUACUACGAUUAUGGAACUCCUGAUCAUGGUGUAUGCUUGUAAAACAUCCUGUGCCAAAAGCAUUAUUGGAGUGAUUCCUUACUUCCCCUACAGCAAACAGUGCAAGAUGAGAAAAAGGGGCUCCAUUGUCUCUAAAUUACUGGCGUCAAUGAUGUGCAAAGCUGGACUAACUCAUCUUAUUACCAUGGAUUUACAUCAGAAGGAAAUACAGGGCUUCUUCAAUAUUCCAGUUGAUAACUUGAGAGCAUCUCCAUUUUUACUACAGUACAUCCAAGAAGAGAUACCAGACUACAGGAAUGCUGUAAUUGUGGCCAAAUCACCUGCGUCUGCAAAGAGGGCUCAGUCAUUUGCUGAACGUUUGCGGUUGGGAAUUGCAGUGAUUCAUGGGGAGGCGCAAGAUGCUGAGUCUGACAUGGUAGAUGGUCGACACUCACCACCCACAGCCAAAAACGUAGCUGCUAUUCAUCCCAGUUUAGAGAUACCCAUGCUGAUUCCCAAGGAAAAACCACCCAUCACAGUUGUUGGAGAUGUAGGAGGAAGAAUAGCUAUCAUCGUGGAUGACAUUAUAGAUGAUGUUGACAGCUUUCUUGCUGCAGCAGAGACCCUCAAGGAGAGGGGGGCUUACAAGAUCUUUGUUAUGGCCACACAUGGUCUGCUAUCUUCGGAUGCUCCCAGGCUGAUAGAAGAAUCUGCAAUUGAUGAGGUGGUUGUUACAAACACAAUUCCACACGAAAUCCAGAAACUCCAGUGCCCUAAAAUCAAGACUGUGGAUAUCAGCAUGAUCCUCUCAGAAGCCAUUCGCAGGAUCCACAAUGGGGAGUCAAUGUCGUACCUUUUCAGGAAUAUUGGACUGGAUGAUUAAAGCUUUUUAAUUUAAAUAAACACCUUGGGCCAAACUGGAAGUGAAAAGAUAACGAGCUGUGAAGCAUCAUGCUUAUCUUAAUAUUUCUGUUGAGCCACUUCUUGUUUUCUCUUGGUUUAAGUAUCAAGGUAGAACAUUUUUUAAGAGCUAUUUUUUUCUUUGCAGUUUUUUGGGGGGAGUGAGAAGGGAGGAGAGAGGGAGGGAGGUGGGUAAGCAUUUUACAGAAAACUGUUCUAGUUGCUUAUAGGUUAGUUGCACUAUAUACAUGGUGGAAAAACCCCACAAAACACUUGAAGCAAGAAUUUGGCUUCUAAAUUAAGCAUUCCUUUUCCAAAGCUGCUUGCUACAAGUGCUUCAAAAGGUAAUAAAAUGAAGUGACUGUAUAAUAUUUGCAUUUAAGAAGCCAAAAAGGUUGUACUGUUGUAUGCAGUUAAGUGAUUUUGUAGGAGUGCUUUUAUAGAAAAGCAUAUGAAAAUAUGCACCUGUAUUUAUUUUCUGCGACAAAGAAUAAAGAUCUGUUUUGUGUGAGCUUUCUAAAAA